UCUAGUGUCAGCUAUGAAGCAGAGUCCCUGUUGCUGAAACUCAGUUUCAUUUUGUUGAAAGGAGUCUAGCAGCACAGAGCCUUCCCCACAGCCCUGCUUAGAGCAGUCUGGUGCACCCCGUUGAGCCUGGUGUGCAAACCAGCCAGACCCCUCCUCCAGCAGCCCUGGUCCUGUGGACUUGCAAGCAAUCUAGUCCUUAGAUGCUUUGGUUCCAUCUUAAAAGCUGUUCAGCUUGACUUCAGAAGAACAGUUUGGAGGACGUACCAUGCGGGCACUGUGCCUGCUCUGUUGGGCUGUUCUCCUGAACCUGGUGCGAGCUUGUCCAGAGCCCUGUGACUGUGGGGAGAAGUAUGGCUUCCAGAUUGCUGACUGUGCCUAUCGUGACCUAGAGGGUGUGCCACCGGGCUUCCCAGCCAAUGUGACCACACUGAGCCUGUCAGCCAACAGGCUGCCAGGCCUGCUGGAGGGAGCCUUCAGGGAAGUGCCCCUAUUACAGUCGCUGUGGCUGGCACACAAUGAGAUUCGCUCGGUGGCUGUUGGUGCUCUGGCCCCUCUGAGCCAUCUCAAGAGUCUGGACCUCAGCCACAACCUCAUCUCUGAGUUUGCCUGGAGCGACCUGCACAAUCUCAGCGCUCUGCAGCUGCUCAAGAUGGACAGCAAUGAGUUAGCCUUCAUCCCCCGGGAUGCCUUCCGCAGCCUCCGCGCCCUGCGUUCCCUGCAGCUCAACCACAACCGCCUGCACGCGUUGGCCGAGGGCACCUUCACGCCACUCACCGCGCUGUCCCACUUGCAGAUCAAUGACAACCCUUUCGACUGCACCUGUGGCAUCGUGUGGUUCAAGACAUGGGCCCUGGCCUCAGCGGUGUCUAUUCCAGAACAGGACAACAUUGCCUGUACUUCCCCCCACGUGCUAAAGGGUACCCCACUAAGCCGCCUGCCACCCCUGCCCUGCUCAGCCCCCUCAGUGCAACUAAGCUACCAGCCCAGCCAAGAUGGAGCAGAGCUACGGCCUGGCUUCGUGCUGGCACUCCACUGUGAUGUGGAUGGACAGCCAGCCCCCCAGCUUCAUUGGCACAUUCACACCCCAGGCGGCACGGUGGAGAUCGCCAGUCCUAAUGUAGGCACUGAUGGACGUGCCCUGCCUGGUGCCCUUGCAACCAGAGCGCAGCCACGCUUCCAGGCCUUUGCCAAUGGCAGCCUGCUUAUCCCUGACUUUGGCAAGCUGGAGGAGGGCACCUAUAGCUGCCUGGCCACCAAUGAGCUAGGCAGUGCCGAAAGCUCUGUAAAUGUGGCAUUGGCCACCCCAGGUGAGGGGGGAGAGGAUGCCGUGGGGCGCAAGUUCCAUGGCAAAGCAGUGGAGGGCAAGGGCUGCUAUACGGUUGACAAUGAGGUACAGCCAUCCGGACCAGAAGACAACGUGGUUAUCAUUUACCUCAGCCGUGCUGGGCCCCCAGAGGCUGCAAUAGCUGCAGAAGGGAGGCCUGCGCAGCAGUUCUCCGGCAUACUCCUGCUAGGCCAAAGCCUGCUUGUUCUCUCUUUUUUCUACUUCUAACUACACCCUGCCCUGGUUGGCUAGAGCAGCUUCAGGGCCUUCCUAACUCCCCCUGAUCACGUUCUUGCCAAUGUUCCUUCUUAGCACCACGAGGUCUGGAAUUGGUGAGACCUGAGGUUAGCCUGGGGACUUCACAUUUUCCUAUCACCUUUUCUAAGCUCUUCCAGGCCGCUCAUUACUCCAACUUGCAGAUCUGCUCAGAACUAGCAGCUAGGAUAGAGCUAUAUCCCAAAACUCAUCAUCUCUAGUGCUAGUUGCGGCUAACAGCAUUGUCUGUGCUCCUAGCAGGGACAGCCUGCUAACAGGGCAACAACGAUGCUUUAACCUGACCCACUUUGAGAGUUCUAGGCGUGGAGGUAAGGAGCUUGUGGAGGCCAUCCAGGUGGGCACUGGGGCUGGGCUAGAAGGGGGUCUGGAGUGGACAGUACAGGAUCUGGAAAGGAGGUACCACAGGCCAUGGCUGGGGAGGCUAAAAGCUUUCCUGUCCUCACAAUGCGAUCUGAUGAGAUGUGGAAAUCGUCCCUCACUGGGCCUUUCUCUCCUCUCACCCCAAGCCGCACAGCUUGUGCCUGCCUCUUGAUACCUGCUCCCCCUCCUCCUCCGAAGAGGCUAGCCAGUCUGGGUAGCAGAAAAAUAAAAUAAAAUAAAAA